CUAAUUCAUGUAAUUGAUUUUGUAAAGUUUAGGGUUAAGCAGGAGUAAUUAUUGGGAUAUAAUUAGUUUAUUGGGGAAAAUUGAAUUGUUGGGUUGUGCUUGAUUUUGGAGAUUACCCGGCAUGCUUUCAGUGUUGCAGAACAUGAGUGAAAAAUUAUGGUUGUGCAUUGUUACCCUCUCUUUGCAACCUUUAGAUGAACGAUUUUGGGUUUUAUGUCCACAUAAUGCGAGAUUAUUUAGGCCUGGCUUUGUUUUCCGAUAAGUUCAGAUAAGAUAAAUAAUUCGAAUAUAAGUUCGAAUAAGGGUUGAUGAAGGGUACUUAAUACAAUUUACAACUAAAAUUGGUUUUAAUAAGUUAAGAUAAGUGAAAUUCAGGUGAAUAGAACACAACCUUACUCUAAUGUGGGAUGCUUUGACUGGAAUGUUUGCUGUUUAUUGAUCACUGAAUGAUUUAUAUUGGAUGGUGGUUGUGUGUAAUUGAAUGCUCGAACAUAGAUUAGUUCUUCAUCCUGUUGGGCAGGGGGUGCUAUAAGGAUUCUUAGCGAGUUUCUUAGUGGGUUGUUAUAUACUGAAGAGAGCGUGUUUGGAAAUUGAAGUAUACAUUAGUUACUUUAUGUCUCAUAAAAGAAUGAUAUUCAACUAUUUUGUUCAUGCUGGCUGUUGAGAGAAUUGUGUCAUGGACUUGAACUCUUCUCCACCACUUAAAGACGAUGAAGAGUUUUUCAAAAAUCAUUUGGAGGAAGAUGGAGCACUACAGGAUAUCAAAGAGACAUCUGUUCAAAUCCUUCGGCGGGAGCGUGAAGAAAGACGGGAGCGAUUGAGAAGAAAUCUGAUAAACAAUAGACCAGUUCUAACUGAGCCCUCUGUCUGUGAUGAAGGGCCUUACUCAAAGAAGUUGAAAUAUGAUUCACACAGGCUUCCCCCUGGUUGGCUGGAUUGUCCGAAUUUUGGUCAUGAAAUUGGCUUUCUUAUUCCUUCGAAAGUUCCGCUUAACGAAUCUUUUAAUGACUACAUUGUUGAUAAGAAACGGUAUUCCUUUCGGAAUGUGCUAAGGUUGCUUGGCCACGAGCUUGGUAUGGUGGUUGAUUUGACAAAUACAGAUCGUUAUUAUCAAAUGACUGAGGUUAGGGGUCUUAAGUAUUUGAAGAUUCGGUGUCAGGGACGUCAUGCUAUACCCGAUAACGAGUCUGUAAACAAAUUUGUCUUUGUGGUUGCACAAUUCAUAUAUAAUCAAAGUGAGAGGCAGCCCAGAAAAUAUGUUUCCGUCCAUUGUACUCAUGGCCACAAUCGGACUGGUUACAUGAUAGUUCACUAUCUGAUGCGGACUCAGCAAGCCAGUUCGGUGACCGAGGCUAUACAAACUUUUGCAAAAAGUCGGCCUCCAGGGAUCUACAAAGAAGACUAUAUUAAUGCAUUAUAUGAUUUUUAUCAUGAAACUAAACCUGACUUAGCCGUGUGCCCGUCUACUCCAGAGUGGAAGAGGUCUGCUGAUGUCUUUCAAAAUAGUGGCGCUCUACCAGAUGAUGACGAUGGUGUUUCAAAUGCUUCCAUCAUGGGAAAACAUGAGAACAAUGUAAGGAUGACCAAUGAUGAUGUCUUGGGAGAUAAAUUACCUGAUCAACAAGAAUUCCACUUGCGAAGGUUUUGCUAUGACAUGCUUAAACCCCCAGGGGCAAAUUCCCAAUUUCCUGGGUCACAUCCAGUGUCUCUCGACAGGGUCAAGUUACAACUGCUGAGGCAGCGUUAUUACUAUGCUACAUGGAAAGCUGAUGGCACGAGAUACAUGAUGCUUCUUUCUCCUGAUGGGUGCUACCUAAUUGAUAGAAGGUUUAAAUUUAGGAGAAUGCAGAUGAGACUCCCUUGCAGAAGUAGGACUAAAUCUGAAUUUCAUCAGUAUACUUUGCUUGACGGUGAAAUGAUCAUUGAUUCUGUAAGCCCUCAAAAGCAAGAGAGAAGAUAUCUGAUAUAUGACUUGAUUGCACUCAAUGGCGUGUCUCUCAUAGAGAGACCCUUCUCUGAGCGUUGGAUGAUGAUUGAGAAAGAGAUAAUUGAACCCCGGAAUCAAGAUCGGAAACAGAUGUUAGAAUCACAUUCCAAACCUUCUUACAGAUAUGACUUAGAGCCGUUUCGGGUUAGGAGGAAGGACUUUUGGUUGCUGUCAACUGUUAGAAAGCUUUUGAAUGAAUUCAUUCCUAACCUUUCACAUGAAGCUGAUGGUCUUAUAUUUCAGGGUUGGGAUGAUCCCUACAUUCCGAAAACGCAUGAAGGCCUCCUAAAGUGGAAAUUCCCUGAAAUGAACUCAGUUGAUUUUCUGUUUGAGAUUGGAGAAUUCGGUUCUGAGGAUCUUUAUUUGUAUGACAAGGGAAAGAAGCGAUUGAUGGAAGGCAAUAGGGUUACUUUUUCCAAUGGUUCUGAUUCUUCUUCAUAUUCUGGUAAGAUUAUCGAGUGCUCUUGGGAUAUAAGGCAAAAUGUGUGGGUUUACAUGCGAACAAGGACUGAUAAGUUAACUCCAAACGAAUUUAGUACCUACAAGAAGGUUAUGCGGAGCAUACAUGACAACAUAACCCAGGAUGUAUUAUUGAAUGAGAUUGGUGAGAUCAUUCGCUUGCCUAUGUAUGCUAAUCGGAUCAAGAAUGAUACUAUAGCUCAGAAGAAAGCAAAAGUACGGCCACAAGGAAAGAUCUAAGGUGAAGUGGACUAUCCUGUUGCAAUUCAUGUCAGUUAGGGCUUGCUGCUUGGGGCUCUUGCCUGUGUAUCUAGACUUUUGAUAAUGAAUAUUUCAAUUAUAUUCUUGGAGGUUUUCUGAAUCUUUAUAGGUAGGAAAGUAAAUGAUAUGUUGGAUGUGUAUAUUUCAUAUGCUAUAUUUCUGUUUCGUUUCAGAUUCUUAAUACACAGUAUGAACUUAGUUGAGCUUUAAGAUUAACAAGCUUUGUACUGUAAGAUCCCUGAAGAGCAUAAGUAUCUGAAUGGGUUAA